ACUGUCGGGCUCGUAUAAUUGCACUAUUUUCUACAGCAAACAAAAGUGGCAUAAAUAUUGUCCAGACAAGAGGAAGCACAUUGAAAGGACACGAUCAGCAGAGCAUAUUAUACAGUUAUUACUCACUCUGAUGACAUGUUUGAUGAAUCAUGCUUGAGUAUCACUUGCAUCACAGCAAAAAAAAAAAUGUAUUUCAAAAAUAGUCAAUUUUUUUGGUAUAACAGUUUACAGUGUUUCACGGAGGGACAGAGGAAAGUUGAUUUAAGAGUCAUCAUGCAUGUGUAAUACUUAUAGAUAGAGACAGAGGGAGUGAGAGAUACAGAGAGAGAGAGAGAGAGAGAGAGAGAGAGAGAGAGAGAGAGAGAGCAAAUGAGCAACAGAGGGAGGAAGUUUGUCUUCCUCUCUCAUCACUGGAGGACUUCACACUUGAAAACAUGCCGGAAAUGUAAAAGUAAGAUGUUGAGUCCGUCAAGUGCAGCUCAGAAGAACCUCAGUGAAGAGGACAGCUCUGGAUCUGAUGCUGGGUCUGAGGUCGGUCUAGAGCCUGAGACAGACCGGUUUGGCUUCAUUCUGACCAAUGGAUCCACAGCUGGGAGUGUGGGCCCGCCCCCUGAAUUGGUCAGGCAGAGAGAGACCAAAUGGAUCAACAUCAUUCUCCAAUGGGAUCGCAUGUUGUUGAAGAAGACCAGCAAGGUCAAAGUGCAGUGUCAGAAAGGCAUCCCUGCCUCACUCAGAGCGAAGUGCUGGCCUCUGCUUUGUGCAGCAACUGAAAGAAUGAAACAAAACGAACACCUCUACGAGUCUCUGGACUCGCAGCCUGCUCUGCAGAGCUGGGUGGAUGUGAUUGAAAGAGACCUGGACCGACAGUUCCCCUUCCAUGAAAUGUUCCUUUCCAAGGAUGGACAUGGGCAGCGUGGUUUGUUCCGGGUGUUGAAAGCCUACACUCAGUACCAACCAGAAGAGGGUUACUGCCAGGCACAGGGGCCUGUGGCUGCAGUGCUGCUGAUGAACAUGCCUGCAGAGGAAGCCUUCUGGUGUUUGGUGCAGAUCAGUGAGCAGUACCUGCCUGGAUACUACAGCCCUCUGCUGGAGGGAGUCCUGUUUGAUGCAGGCAUGUUGACCUGGGUCUUGAAAAGGACAUGUCCUGCUGCACACAAACACCUGCAGCACCACGGAGUGGAGCCUCUCAUGUUCGCCACUGACUGGCUGAUGUGUCUGUUCACACGCCACCUGCCAUUCAACACUCUGCUCCGAGUCUGGGAUCUGUUUUUCUGCUACGGGGUGCGGGUGCUGCUCCAGGUGGCGGUGGUGCUGGUGCGUCGGGUGCUGGGUCGUGCCGAGCUGAGGAAGCAGUGCCCGGGCCAGAUGGAGACUCUGGAGAGGCUGAGGGGCGUCAGGGAACAGGUCCAGGAGGACGACGACGCCUUUAUAGCAGAGGUGUGUUCAGUUCCACUGUCAGCCAGAGAUCUGGAGAGACACACGGAGAAGGAACUACAUAAGUGGAGGAAAGAAAGACCUUCAUCCAGCUUUGACCCCAGAGGUCGCUGUCUGGGAUACCGCAUGGCGUGGGCAAGGGCUCGGCUUAAUGAGGAAGAACGGGACAGGAAAGAGAGACAGAGAGGGAACCUGUCUGUCCCUCUUUCUCGCUCGGCCUCCACCCUGUCCCUUUCUCCUUCGCUCCUUCACAAGAGGUUGAGGAAAGGGGGGAAAGCUAACACAGGUGAAUGGGAAGGCGGUGCUAAAGUUGUGAGGCAUCUUUCAAUGGGAGCAAAGGAGGACUGGAGAAACUGGAACGAGUUAAAUUUUAAGAAGGUUCAGGGCGUUCAGGAGGAGGAGGAUGACGAAGAACACAAAAAACAGAGCGAGUCAAAACUAACAAUGAAAACUGAAGAGAAAGAACUUUUAGAGGAACCUAAAAAGAUGGACAAAGUUCAAAACACACCAACAGAGCACUCAGAAGACACAGAGACAGUAAAAGAACAGAUUGAAGAAGUUGAAACAAAAUUCACUGAAAAGGAGGCAAACCAACCCAAAGAGACAGAGGACAACAAAAUCAUUUCAGAUCAGACAGAAGAAACAAAUGAGGAUGCUCACCAACCCAAAGAGACAGAGGACAACAAAAUCAUUUCAGAUCAGACAGAAGAAACAAAUGAGGAAGCUCACCAACCCAAAGAGACAGAGGACAACAAAAUCGUUUCAGAACAGACAGAAGAAACAAAUGAGGAAGCAAACCAACCCAAAGAGACAGAGGACAACAAAAUCAUUUCAGAUCAGACAGAAGAAACAAAUGAGGAAGCAAACCAACCCAAAGAGACAGAGGACAACAAAAUCAUUUCAGAUCGGACAGAAGAAACAAAUGAGGAAGCUCAGCAACCCAAAGAGACAGAGGACAACAAAAUCAUUUCAGAACAGACAGAAGAAACAUAUGAGGAGGCAAACCAACCCAAAGAGACAGAGGACAACAAAAUCGUUUCAGAACAGACAGAAGAAACAAUUGAAGAGACAGAACCAAGCCAAAGUCCAACCAAAGAUCAGACUGCUGAAAAUCUUCUUCAGCCCACUGAACGAGGAGAGGAGUUGGACUCUUACAGCCAGUCACAAGUCCUGGAACAACAGGAUCACAAAGGCCAGGACCAGGAAACCGAGGUCAAAGACACAAAGGAGGAGGCGGAAGAACAAGUGUCUGAAAGUGAACAUUCAGCUGCUGUGGAGGAAAAUCAGAGCGAGAUACAGAAAGGUGCCGAUGCAGACCCACGAACAGAUGAAGAAAUUCAAGCAAGUGUAGAUUCAAGUGAAGAACAGAUGAUCCAGGCUGAGAUGAAACCAGAGGAGAGGACAGAAAGUAAACAUGAGCCACAAGUCUCAGAAGUCUCAGAAACGAGAACUGAGACAAGUUCAGACUCGGAGACAAACAGCAACAUCGAAGCAGCAACUUUCACAGAUCCAGAUCUAACAAUAGAGACAGGGACACAGGAAGAAGUGAUCACAAAGGACAAAAACUCACAGGGUGAUGCAUUAAGCAUGGCGUCAUUAGCAGAAGCUGACAUUGAAGAGUGCCACUCCCAAACAGAGACAGAAACUGAAGGACAGGUGGAGGAAAAUGCAGCCGAGCAGAACAUAUUAGAGACUGAAAAAGCAGAAAUAGAUUCAGAACAACACAUUGAUUCAAAGACAGAGACUAAGACACAAACAGAAACAUUAAUCCUGUCUUCACCUGAAUGCAUCCAACAAGAAGACAUUGAUGUAGUAGCUGACACAGAAGAUGAUGCAGAAAUGCCAGUCGCAGAUGACACAGUGAAGGAGUCAAGUGAAGAAUGUGCUCAUUGUUCAGAGAAAGAGUGUGAUACAGUAGCAUCUGAACCCGCACAGGAAAAAGAAGAAAUAAUUUUGACUGUGCACUCAGAGGCACAGGUUGACAACAGUCAAACACAAGCAGAGGAAACACCAGCUGAAACUCAGACAAAUGUGGAGGCUCCUGACUCUGUAGCACCUCCAGAGAAUGAGGAGACUCCAACGCAGGCCGUAGCAGUGAAUCUCACCACUGAGCCUGAUGGGAAAACGAGUUCAGUAGAAAUGAGUACCUCUGAGGAACCUGCACCCGAAGAACUGAUAAGCCACGUCACUGUGGGUCCUUCAGAGGAGGAAGGGAGCACAGAAAAUGUUCAAGAAAAUACUCUAGGAGAGGAUGACGUCUUCAUAUCCACUCCUAACGUGACAGACAAUCCACGUACCGACAGCAACCCACAUGUCGAAAAUACAGAUGAUUCUCCUGCUGAGUCAAACAACAGCAGUCUGACACAAGCCUCUGGGCACCGCAGUAACCGGACCUCUGGUGAUUUCUGCGUCCGCAAGUCUUCCAGCUCCCGUGGGUCCAGGUUAACACGUAGGCUCUCCGAAGAUCUCUUCACCAUCCCACAGAAAACUAGCCAAUCACAACCUGUCCCUAAUCACCCAGAAGUUACACACGAUGAAUCACCGACCAAUCCUGGAGCUGUAAACCAAACCCAAACCCCUCCUGAUGUGACCCAGUCUUCAAAAGAUUCCUCGUUACCGACCUCAGAAGUGACAGAGGGCACAGUGGAAGAGCAGGAGCCGUCCUCCCCCUCUAAACGUUUUGGUCUCUUCCGCAGGCUACGAGGAGAGCAGCCCAAAAAGGCAAAGAAAAAAGAGGAAAAGAAAAUGCAAGUCCCCAAAAUCCUGAUUCAGGACUUCAGUGAUCAAACCACGACGGGGAAACUGGUUGAAGAAGAGGGCGAGGAGAAACUUAGCUCCAGGGAGAGAAGGAGGAGGCGGAGGGAGCAGGAAAGAAGGGAGAAAGAGGAAGAGAGGUUGAGGAAGAAGAAAGAAAAGGAGAUGGAGAAGGAGAGGGAGCGAGAGAGGAGGAAACCACAGACGAGGGGAAAAAGUUUUCAAGUGCAAAAGGAGAAAGCUGAUCCACCUCAAUCUGCAAAGACUGGCUCACAGACGCUUAGCUCUUCUAAUUCUUAUGCUGAAUCUUACUUUUGACAAACAUUUGUAAUAGUACCUGGGGUGACUUGGUCUGAAGCACAUGGUUAUGAUUAUAACUUUUGAUAAGUCUCAGUAGUAGCAGUUAAGACAUUUAAACUGCCUGCACCACGGUAAAAGCUGCGCUUCAUGUGAUGAAGAAGUUUGGGCCAUUGUUUACAGCUAUGUUAUUGCUGCACCUUAAUGAAAACUUUAACAAUAACCCUGUUGUGCAGACUGUAUCCAUCCAGGUGGGGUCGUCCUGUUUCAUUGUCCUAUCUGUUGAGGCACUGGUUUGAGAAGCAGACAUUCCCCUCAUCCUAAAUCUUUGUUAUACUUGAACUUUUCUUUUUUACAUGUAAAUAAAUAAUAAAUGAUGUUAACAUACUUUGAAAAAUAA